AUGGACACUGAACGAGAGCAGAAUGGAAGCGUCCCCGUGGACGAUCAGUUUUCCCUGGUAGAGAGAACGGUCCCGGUCGCUCACGAGGCUUCUGAAGGCGCUCCAGCCACCGAGAAACAAGAUACUACAGGAAUGAGCGAGGAAGACGCUUUGAGAAAUCUGACCGGCACCGUCCGGGACCAAGAUGAACUGGAACGAGACAUCACACUGCAAGCCAACGCAGCUCUGAUGGAAGCAGAGGACAAAAAGGACCAAAAUAGAAUCGAAAAGCUCGAUGGCACGAAAAGGCGACUGCAGAUGCAGCUUGAUAAGGAGAAGAAUAAGCUCCAGAAGGUUCUUGGCAACCCGUACCAGUCUCGCAAUGUGCAGAAAGAAAUUGCGAGGAUAGACGAAGAGAUUCGCCAGGUGACGAACGACAUUGCUGACUUCCAGUCUCGCAUCGACAAGCGCCAUCAGAUAGAUCAAUUGGAAGCCUCCAGCAUUCCCAAAUCCGGCAAGUUGCCCGGGGAGAGCCAUCGCGAGUAUCUGAUCCGAACUGGAAAAAUCACACCCUUUGCCAAAAUUGGCGGUCCGAGACCGCAGGGCCUAGAAGGGCAGCUAGCAAAUGCGAUCUUGGACGCCGAGGAAGAGGCUGCUGCCGAGCAGUUCAACAAGGAUGUCGACGGCCCGACGUCGCAUCAGUUGUUGCGACGCCCAGGCUUUGUCGAGGACACAGCGGUUGCUGGACAGCAGCAGGUCUCGCCCCUUGCAGCCGGAAACGAGUCUUCUCCUCCUAGACCUCGGAAGAAGCAGCGUGUCGAGACGGUGCGCAGUCCUUCGUCGGAUUUUGAGCCGGAAAGCUCGUCCGGAUCGGAGUCCCCUGACGUCGCCAUCUGGCAGCAGGGCACGGAGGAUGACCUGGCUCGAGACGCGCGUCGGAAGGAGAAGGCCAAGGAAAAGGGCCAGCAGCAGGAGGUUAUUGAUCUUAGCAAAAUCGAUGACGGCAGCGAGGUCCACUACAGGAGGCGAUUGGAGGACUGGGUCACUCGGCGAAGUCGUGCCAGACGUGCUCGUCGACAACAAGAGGCAUCCGGUGAUGCUGUUGCGGAUAGCGAUGGAGAAGAUGAAUGGCUCCAACCCGCACCCGACAAUGCGGACCAUCACUUCGAUGACGAUUUGAAACUUCCGGGCGACAUACACCCCUCUUUGUUUGGAUACCAAAAGACUGGCGUCCAAUGGCUCGCUGAGCUAUACAAGCAGGGCGUUGGCGGAAUCAUUGGCGACGAGAUGGGGCUGGGGAAGACUGUGCAGUUGAUCGCCUUCAUCGCCGCCCUUCAUUAUAGCAAGAAGCUGAACCGACCCGUCAUUGUUGUCGCUCCCGCCACCUUGCUGCGCCAAUGGGUGAGCGAGUUUCAUCGUUGGUGGCCUCCGCUUCGCGUCUCGAUCUUGCACUCGUCGGGAAGCGGCAUGAUGAACCCCAGGCUGGAAGAUGACUACGAUGUGGAGCACUAUCGUCCCAUUGCGAACAAGUCACAGAGUGCUGCGAGGCGGAUUGUCAAAAAGGUGGUCGAAAAAGGCCAUGUCCUUGUGACGACCUACACAGGCUUGCAGACCUAUGCGAAUGAGCUGCUCCCGGUGGAAUGGGAGUACGCCGUGCUUGACGAGGGGCACAAGAUUCGGAAUCCCAACGCUGAGAUCACUAACAAUCUGACGGAGCUUUGGUCGCUCUUCGACUUCAUCUACCCGAUGCGUCUCGGGACGUUGGUGAAUUUCCGAACCCAGUUCGAGAUCCCAAUCCGUCAAGGUGGCUACGCCAACGCAUCCAACCUCCAAGUCAUGACGGCCGAGAAAUGCGCCGAAGCGUUGAAGGAAACCAUCGGCGAGUACCUGCUUCAGCGUUUAAAGGUCGAUGUUGCUGCGGAUCUUCCCGAGAAGACGGAGCAGGUGCUGUUUUGCAAGUUGACCGAUGGCCAACGCGAGGCAUACGAGGCUUUUCUCCACUCGGACGAAGUUUCUGCCAUCUUGAACCGCAAACGCCAAUCCCUGUACGGCAUUGAUGUUCUGCGUAAGAUUUGCAACCACCCAGAUCUUCUGGACAAGAACCUGAAGAACAAACCUGGCUACGACUAUGGUCGCCCGAAGCUCUCUGCCAAGAUGCAGCUGACCAAGGACCUGCUGCGAAAAGUCAUGAUCCCGAAUGGUCAUAAGACACUUCUAUUUUCCCAGGGCAAGCUUAUGCUUAACAUUAUCGAGAAAUGCAUGAGGGAAUGCGGCAUCUCGUUUAACACCGACCCCCAGAUCCAUGUAUUUCUCAUGACGACGCGAACGGGUGGAUUGGGUACCAAUCUCACCGGUGCCGAUCGUAUAAUCAUAUUUGACCCGGAUUGGAACCCAUCUACCGACCUGCAGGCCCGAGAACGCGCCUGGAGAUUAGGGCAGAACAAACCUGUCAAGAUCUACCGUCUCAUGACGGAAGGGACCAUUGAGGAGAAGAUUUAUCAUCGGCAGAUUUUCAAGCAGUUCAUGACGAAUAAAGUCUUGAAGGACCCAAAACAGCGGAGCUCAUAUGACCUGUCGGAUCUAUAUGACCUGUUCAGUUACAACCCAGGGGAUGACCCAGCUCUACAGCGAAGUGAAGUGUUCAAGGGCGCCGAGGUUGACUUGGCCAGCACAAGAAAUAUGAAGAAAGCCGCGGUGGCUGCUAGAAAAAGACGUCAUGAUGACGUUGAACAAGGCGAGCUGCAGGGCAUGAAUAUGCUUGCUGGUAUGGAAGAGUUCACGGAGGAAAAGUCGGUUCAUGACGAGAAGCGCAUGCUGGAGGGAAUAUUCGCGCGUUCAGUCAACAGCGCAUACGACCACGAGCAGAUUGUGAAUGGUCCACAAAAGGCGAAGGCGGAUAUUGGCGUUCUGCGCCAGGAGGCAAACCAAGUGGCUCGCCAAGCAGCUGCUCAUCUUCGCCUUGCAGCUCAGGAGGCUCGUCGUGUUCCCAUCGGAACCGUGACAUGGACUGGGGAAGUCGGCACUGGAGGCCGCCCGGGUGCCAACCGUCGCCGGGCUGGACCAAGCUCUGCCGGCAUCAUGAGAAACCUGGCUGAUAGACAGGGCCUCAACGGUGAUGCCAGCGAGAGCAGCUCGCGAUCUAGGACUCCAGGCACGGACAGGAACCUCAAGGCCAAGGACUUCAUGAUCAUGAUCAAAACGUUCAUCAACCGACAUAACGGACGCGUUCCCAGUAAGAUGCUCGUCGACCAUUUCAAUACGUACUGUCCAGGGAAGAAGCAGAGCGACGAGUUCAAGCUGGCACUAGACAGAGUUGCCAUCUUGAACAAGGCUGGUGGUGCGGGCAGGGGCCUUCUUUGGGCGAAUUUAACAUCUAUCUAG